AUAUGCACUAUCUGAUAUUAUUCAUGAUUAUGAAAAAAUAGGAGAAAAACUGUUAAAAGAUUAUAAUAAAAUUGCUGGUUCAGGCCCGAAUGAAGUUGAUUGUGGAGCAAGGACUUUAAACGAAGUCAGAAAAAAUUGUAUAAUCGAUCUUAUGAUGAAUACAACAAGUAACAUUGUUGAAAGCUAUUUAGAAGAUAUUGAAUCUGAUGCUCCUGAUAAUUUUCAUUUUCAUCAUCUUCAAUAUAAUUUGGACGAUACAAGAAAAGCAACGCUUAUUUUUGAUAUCUUAUAUUUUAAUGAUUGGUGA